CAUAUUUUCCUCUGUUCAAACUAAGCCAUUUCAAUAAGUUCCGAGUCCCAGCAGAUACUUUCGCAUUUUGCUAUUGAAGAAGUAUUAGUAUUUAGCCGCAGGAGGACGCACCAUUCGUGGUUUCUAAGUAUAUCUAUAUAUCAGGGAGAAAGAAAAGGAAAGUUAGGAGGUAAGAGUGAUAGAACUAGUCAAGGAGAGACACUGAACCGUGGGAAAAGUACGGUUGAGAGCAAGAGAGAGAAAAAGAUAAUGAACAAGCGGCGCAUGCCGUAGCCACGGCCCCCAACUUGCUCUAAACUCGUGCAGCCUGUCGCUGUCGGUCGAAUUUUAAUGGCGGCUCAUUCCGAUUCCUCCUCGUUUAAUGUUAUUGUAAAGUGACGGACAGUAUUUUCUAUUCUUUACACGUUAUCCAAGGGAACAAUAUCAAGCUUUAGCGAAUCUCGAGCGUUGUAUAGUUGAGUGUUCCAUCGUCUGAAGACUGUAUCGAAGCUCGUAUCAAGGACAUAGUGCAUAUAUCCGCGAUGUGUCGUAGCGACUCUCGCGUACGAACAUUCCAUCGUGAAGUCGUGUUUUAUGCUUUGGCUCCUUUGUGAAAACAGCAAUUGUAAGUGACAAAUCAAAGUGUUCGUAUUUUUAUUUUAAUUAAAAAAUAUGCAGCAACGUACAUGAAAAAAGCGAAAGUUAUACGAGUUGACUAAUGAUCAUAUUGGAACGAGUGAAUCAAAUACGAGUUUUUUCAUCUCGAAAGAUAAUUCUUUCUCUUUUUAAUUAAUUGCCCGUAAAUACGUUAUCGCGAAGGGAGCAUCUAUGAAUCGACGAGUAUUUUAUGAAAACGAUUUAAGUUAUUGGUCGGACGUGUUUUGUUGAACAAUUAUUAGUAAGGAGUUAAAUAUCUUUGCCUUUAUACGAAGACUCAGAUCGUAGCUGUCAAGUGCAGCUAUGCUGCUCACACUAAUGAAGGGCGGUGCGUGCAACGGCGUUACUCAAAAAGUGUGGAGCCAUCUGCCCUAGCCUGACAUCGUCGACGAGAUGUUUUAGUAAUGAAAUCGAGGUACCAGACAAUGAGCAUCAUGUCGGUGCCUGGAUACACAUAUAGCUGGUAGUACUGUGUCAACACUAGCCUUCUACCAGUGGGAUUCGUACCCUUAUUAUACUUUCUACGCUUCCUACCCUAGACUUACGCACGCACAAACGCGCACACAUAGUGUGUGUGCAUGUGCUUUGUCAACUAUUGUCUACACAUCAUGAGAUUCUUGGGACUAUUAUCAUUUCCCACUUCACCUACUGUGUCAUUUCCUAAACUGCUGCUACCACUCCAUCAAUUAUCCUUUUCAUCCAUGUCUAUUGCCACCUGGUUUCUGGUGGUACUAGUAACUGCAGCAAUAGAUACACCUGCUAGUACUACUCCACCUGUACAAGAGAACAAAUCUCUGCACAUUGUGACACAAUUUCCUGCAGGAGAUAGUCAACGAUAUGGAUUUUAUCCUUUAGAUCCAAAUACAACGAGAGAAGGUGCUCUCCGAUUUAAUCACCUUACCAUAGAUCCUGCCACAGGACGGUUGUAUGCAGGUGCCAUCAACAGACUUUUACAAUUAGAUUCCAAUCUUAAACUGGAGGAAUAUGUUUCCACGGGGCCAAGACUGGAUAAUCCUCAGUGUCAUGCAACAGGCUGCCCUUCUAGAGAAAUAACUACAUCUUUAAUGGAUAAUGUCAACAAAUUGUUAAUAGCUGAUCUUGAAUCACAAACGCUAAUUGCAUGUGGUUCUCUUCUUCAAGGUGCUUGUGAAAAGUACAAAAUGUCAAACAUAUCUAUUAAACCAGAAUUCAUUCCUCAUAGUGUAGCAGCAAAUGAUGAAAAUUCCUCUACAUAUGCUUUUAUUGGACCUGAAAAAUAUAAUGCAUGGGGACAAACUAACAUCCUUUAUGUUGGUACUACAUUUACUAAUAGAGGAGACUAUAGGCAUGAUGUGCCUGCCAUUUCCAGUAGAAAUCUUCACAAUUUAGAGUUUGCAGAAUAUACUUUUAACAAACAACCAAUUGUGUACAUUGAUGUUAAAUACAGAGACCAUUUUUUAGUUAAAUAUGUAUAUGGUUUUAAUGCCAGUGAUUAUGCAUAUUUUGUAUUGGUACAAAAACAAUCUUAUCUUCCUGAACAAGAGGAACUGGGUUAUAUCUCUAGAUUGGCUCGAAGCUGCAUAAGUGACGCAAAUUAUGAUAGUUAUACUGAAGUUACAUUACAAUGUACUGUUGACUUAGGUGAUGGAAAAACACAGUUUUAUAAUUUGGUGCAAGAUGCAAAAGUAGCACCAGCUGGUAGUGAUUUGGCCAUGCAACUGGGUAUUUCUGUUGGUGAUCCUGUAUUUGUCUCUGUAUUUUCACCAAGUAGAGGUAUCACGAACGAACCAGCAUCUCGUUCGGCACUUUGUGUAUACAGUUUGCAAGAAAUUGAAACGAAAUUUAAUGAAAAUAUCCAUAUGUGUUUUAAUGGUAGUACCAAAUAUAGAAACAUGGGUUAUGUCAGUGGUCCUAUACAAGAUGGGAAAUGUCCAACAGCAGGAACAACAGGCAAUAUUUUAAACUUCUGCGAAGUGGGUUUGAAAAUCUCUGGAAUGUCACCAAUUGUUGGACAAGCAAUUUUACAUUUUCCUGACGAAUUUGUUACUUCUGUAACAAUAGCUAAUACAGAAGGCCAUACAGUAGCAUUUUUGGGCACUAAUGAUGGAGUUCUUAAAAAAGUUUUACUUUCUGGAACUGAAGCAUUUGUUUAUGAAAGCAUUGUAAUUGAUAAAGGAAAUAAAUUGAUGCCUGACAGUUUAAUUUCACCAGAUGGAGAAUAUAUUUAUGUUUUGUCAACUUCUAAAAUUUCAAAGGUUCAAGUUGAACAUUGUAGCAGUUAUACCAACUGUAGCAGUUGUCUUGAUGCAAAAGAUCCUUAUUGUGGAUGGUGUUCAUUAGAGAAAAGAUGUACUGUUAGAGGAGAUUGUCAGAAAGCAAGUCACAGUAGUCCACGAUGGUUAUCUUUAGGCACAGGACAACAGUGUAUUGACUUUGAACAGGUGCUUCCUGAUCGUAUGCCUAUCAACCAAAUGACAACUGUUCAUUUAACGAUCAGAACUCUACCUGAAUUACCAGCAGGUGCCAAUUAUAAAUGCGUCUUUGGAAGUGCAGAACCUAUAGACGCAUUAAUGACUGGAUUUGGAUUAUCAUGUCCUACACCCCCUGUUAUUGAAAGACCAAGUAUACCAGAUGGGGCUGAUCACGUUUUAGUACCACUAUCUGUACGUUCCAGUGAAACAAACAAAGAUUUCGUUUCGCGCAACUUUGCAUUUUUUGAUUGCUCCAGACAUACUGUGUGCACAGAAUGUGUUAAGUCACAAUGGGCAUGUAGUUGGUGUGUAUACGACAACAAAUGUACACAUAAUGCAAGCUGUCAGGGUAUUAUUUCGGGGGAAAAUAAUCAAGCAACUCUUGCUGCACACGGAGCACAAUACUGUCCAAGAUUCGUACAACGUAAGGAACCCCUGAUGUUGCCCAAUAGUGUACCUAAAGAAAUAGUGCUUGAAGUUGAAAAUCUGCCGCAUCCACAAGUGGGACACAGUGGUUUUCAAUGUAUCGUUUCGAUCGAGGGUGCAAAUUUGAAAGUACAAGCUCGUGUCGACAGCAGUCGCUUCAUAGUUUGUGAUAAAACUGUUUAUUCGUAUGAAGCAAUUACCGGUGAAUACGAAGCAGAGGUAACGGUUGUGUGGAACAUCAAUCAUCACGUAGAUAAAACAACAAUUAUGCUUUACAAGUGCGAAGUACUAGGCUCACAUCGUGAACACGCAGAUUGUUCUCUUUGUGUGACAAGAGACGCCCGAUUCGAAUGUACUUGGUGUGGCAACAGUUGCGUAUACCGACAUUCUUGCUUGCAUUCACCAUUCACAGAAUGUCCAAAACCAAGAAUAGAUAUGAUAAAACCUCUCAGUGGACCAAUUGAAGGUGGUACAUUGGUAACCAUCGAAGGCAGUAACUUAGGCUUGAAGGAGAGCGACGUGGAAGGAAAGAUACACAUUGGUAACACUCCGUGCACUUUGGUAGACUACGAAGUAUCUGUUCGCAUAGUUUGUCGCACUGGGCGGCACGAGGCUACCGACACUGCCUCUGUCGUGGUUGGCAACGAUGCUGGCUACACAGAAAGUGCUGUAUUAUUCAAUUACAAAGACAUACGACUGGCCGGUGUUUACCCGUCGGUUGGACCUCAAAGUGGUGGUACACAACUUGCUAUUACUGGAAUGUACUUGAACAUUGGUAGUACCAUCUCAGCUUAUCUGGAUGAAUUGCCAUGUCACGUAAAUGCAACGCAAGCAAGCAGCACCAGACUGACCUGCGUGACCAGUAAAUCCGAUCGAGUGAGAAAAAUCGAGAGACUGACUCUCAGCAUUGACGGUGCAAACCGUACUUUAGAGGGUAAUCCUUACAAUUACACCCACGAUCCUACCAUUAUGGAGAUUAAACCACUAACAAGCUUCGCUUCUGGUGGCCGCAUGAUCACCGUCCAUGGUACCAACUUAGACACCAUUCAGAAACCUGAGAUGGAAGUUUAUUUUGAUAACGAACCAUUACCAGUAAAUCGGACUGUUUGCACCGUAUUGAAUCCAACACAGAUGGAAUGUCCAAGUCCUAGCAUCGCUAAACGUUUCAUGACUCUUCGACGCAGCGAGCGUGCCAUUGUUAGUGGUCAGACUAAUUUGCCACAGUCAUUGAAGUUAAAAGAAUCCAAAUUAUCUUUAAAGAUCGCGUUCAUCAUGGACAACGUGGAAAGCGUUCGAGACUUGGAGAAGCAUUUUCAGAAUCUUAGAUACCGAUUACUCUACGUCGAGGAUCCAAAAUUCUUUGCAUUUCCACGAAACGUAAAAUUGUAUAAAGGUGAUACUUUAGUUAUCGAGGGAGAAAAUUUGAUUUUUGCCAGCGAUGAGUCUGACGUCAACGUCACGGUCGGCGCGAUGCCCUGUAACGUAACUUCUCUUGCUUCGACCCAGCUAGUUUGUAUACCUCCGGAUCAACAACCAGCUGAUACGGAUGAACUUGGAAUCAAAACUGAGAAUGGUUUGCCACUGGUAGUUGUACGGGUGGGAAGAAGCUUAAGAUUUCCCAUUGGUUAUUUGCGUUACGAUGUGAUUAAGUCUUAUCCGAUACCACCGGAAGCAAUCGCUGGAAUCGCCGCUGGAACAUUUGGUCUGGUAUUUCUGUUCGUUUUGGUAUUAAUAAUAUAUAGAAGAAAAAGCACGCAAGCGGAAAGAGAGUACAAACGAAUACAAAUACAAAUGGAUACGCUUGAAAGCAACGUUAGGAUGGAAUGCAAACAGGCAUUCGCCGAGUUACAGACUGACAUGACUGAUUUAACCGCGGAUUUGGAAUCGUCCGGUAUUCCGACUCUCGACCACAAAAACUACAUUAUGAAAGUAUUUUUUCCUGGUGUGACGCAUCAUCCGAUAUUAAACGAUCCCAGAUCGCGCAGUAACGUGUCUCGAACGAAUUAUGACGCAGCCAUGAUCCAGUUCGAACAACUUAUUAACAAUAAGUACUUCGUAUUAACAUUUAUCGAAACUUUAGAGGCUCAAAAAGACUUUAACAUUAGAGAUAAAGUAAACGUUGCAUCUUUACUCAUGGUUGUUUUGAUGGGUAAGAUGGAAUACGCGACUGAUAUACUCAUGAACCUUUUACUCAGACUAAUUGAAAAGGCGGUGAACACUAAACACCCUCAGCUGAUGCUGAGGAGAACAGAGUCUGUAGUGGAAAAGAUGUUAACAAAUUGGAUGGCACUUUGUAUGUACAAUUAUCUGAAAGACUACGCAGGUUCCUCUCUGUUUUUAUUGUUCAAGGCAAUAAAGCAUCAAAUAGAAAAAGGCCCUGUGGACGUGAUAACGCACGACGCGAGAUACUCGUUGUCUGAGGAGAGACUGCUCCGAGAACAGAUCGAACACAGUGUCGUCACUUUACACGUCGUCCAGGAUGAUCUUGACGAGAAGAUACAAUGCAAAGUGUUAGAUUGUGAUACUAUUAAUCAAGUCAAGUCCAAAAUCUUGGACGCACUUUACAAAAAUACUCCUUUCUCACUAAGGCCGUCCGUUCAUGACGUAGACUUGGAAUGGAGACACGGUAGAGGUGGUCACCUGACACUUCAAGAUGAAGAUCUCACAACCAAAUGUAGCGGUGAAUGGAAAAAAAUCAAUACUUUAGCGCAUUAUGGUGUUAAGGAAUCAGCGGUGAUGUCGUUGAUUCCUAGACAGAACGAUGGGUUCUCUGUCGCUUGUAAACCACCGUGUCACAACUGCAAGCCGUCACACUACCAUCAUCAGCAACAGUCAAUUCAUCAUCAUCCUCAUCACCAUCAUUUGCAUCGACACGCGAAUCACUGUUCGUCCACGCAUCUUCCAUCCACGCCUAAUCACAAUCUAAUAAGUCCUGUAAUGUACAAUCAUCCUGUCAGUGGUUUGUAUUUUGAAUCUCAACACUCGCCACCGAUUAUAACAGCUAAUGGUGACGUUGAGAGUGGCCAUGGAGGUAAUCAACGACUAUAUCAUUUAGUAAGGCCUAUAGAAGAUAGCCAUUACCCACCAGGAAUGGGUUUCACUGGUAGCAAGCAUCAUCAUCCAGAACGAACGCAUAAAGCCAUUCCUGAAAUAUUUUUGACAAGAUUAUUAUCAACAAAGGGUACAGUUCAAAAGUUUGUUGAUGAUUUCUUGAACACGAUAUUAACUGCGAACGAAGCAUUGCCCAGUGCUGUAAAAUGGUUAUUCGAUCUUCUUGACGAUGCUGCCAAGCAACAUGGCAUCGUAGACCCUGAAGUGCCCCACGCCUGGAAGUCAAAUAGUUUACCGCUUAGAUUUUGGGUGAAUUUUAUUAAGAAUCCGGACUUCAUGUUUGAUAUUAAUAAAUCUACAACGGUUGAUUCGAGUUUAUCCGUGAUAGCACAAACCUUUAUGGACUCUUGUUCAAUGACAGAGCAUAGGCUAGGGAAAGAUUCACCCUCUAACAAGUUACUGUUUGCCAAGGACAUACCGCACUAUCGGGAGAAAGUGGGUCGUUUUUACACGGAUGUACAAAGACUGCCACAAAUCACUGAUCAAGAAAUGUCUAGUGCCAUGCAACAGCUAAGUGCAUCGCACGCAAAUGAGUUUGAUGUGAUCGCAGCACUAAAAGAACUUUACAUCUACGUCAGCAAGUAUUAUGAACAAAUCCUAGAGGCCUUGGAGACAGACGCAGGCUGUCGCAAAUUACAUCUAGCACAUAGGCUAGAAAAUGUAGCGUGCACGCUCGAAGGAGAAGAAACUAGUGCCUGCUGACACAACCUUCUCAUUGCCAUCCCAGGACCCGUCAAUCUCUCCAGAAACACAGACUAGUGCCUCCAUUUCAUGCAUCAGAUACACCUCGUUACAUAUGUACAAAUCUACACACCAUGUGAAUAAUAAUGCCGUAAAUACGUGCGAUUUCGUUAAGGCUAGUCAGGCGAUAGUUUUUUCAGGAUAAGUUAGUCCUGGUGUAGUUUUUUGCGUCUAUAUGUCAUGGCCGUAUCGAAAUACGCUCGUGCACACGUACAGAUAUUAGCAAAUUGAUAAAAUGCGACUCUAACCCUUAAACUUGAUCUGUGUUUUCUUUUGGUAAUAUAUUUCGUUCAUUUUAUGUAUAUAUACGUAUAUACAUUUAAUGUGUAUAUAUACGUAUAUAUGUGUGGGGAAUGAAAUGUAAAUUAUAGUAAAAUAUAAGAAAAAGAUAAUAAGAAUCUCAUUGGUAGAAUCUCGUCGACGAGUGAUUAUUUAUUAUUACAAAAGUUAAAUAUUUAUCACAUACAUGUUUAAGGAUUUGAGAUGCAACGUUUAUGCAAAAUACUUACUACAAAAAAAAUUUAACAAUUUCAUUUCUUUGUUGACCGAAUGUCUAUACGUGUAUACGUAAAUACGGAACACAUAUAUAACACGAAAGAAAUAAUGUGUGUAAAAUUUAAGUGAGAAGAAGCCAUAGUGUCCAUCAGACUGUCUGUACAAAAGAAAGUACGACAGCGAGUAGUCUGUGAUCCGAGCACGAGUGGCUAUGCCUACUAUCUUCAUUACGAUAUAUAAUUAUUAAUAUGUUAUAUAUUAUAUAUAUAUAUACAUAAAAAUAUAUAAAGCAAAGAUCACACAACAUACACCUCCACGGACUGUAGUGAGCUAGUUAGAGAGGGUCUGUAUAUGUAAUAUAAGUUGAGGGGUAGAAAAACCUUUCAGAGAGAGAGAGAGAGAGAGUUAUAGCUAAAGCGCGUGUGUGUGCGUGUGUGUAAAAGCAAGAAAGAAAAAGAUGAUAAUAUUAAAUUAAGGUAAUUAAAAUAAAAAUGUUACAAAAGAAAAGAAAUGAAGAAUUAAAAAAAGAUUACGAGAGCAGCUCGGACUACUCUAGGCCUAUCUAUGUAUGUUCAGUACAUAAAGAAAAUUUCUUUUUUUCAUAUUUUUUCAUUGAAUUUUUUAGUCUGUUUCUAUUUACACAUUUAUUCGUGUAUAAGUAUGACUGUUGCUAUAAUUUUUAAAGGCCACUACGUGAAUCAUAUAAUGAUUUUACAACUAUUUUACAAACUAUAUUAUUGCUCUUAUUAUUGCUAAGUUGUAUUAUUGUCCAUAGAGAUAUGAUUAUCAAUUAAUUGCUCGUUCAAUAAUAGUUAUUAUCGUAUAUUGUUAAGCAUAAAACACACAUGAUAGAUGCAAAAGUAACAAAGAUCUUUUAUAUUAUACAUGGACAAAAAAAGGUUUUGGAAAAUUGUCUUGAUUGUUAGGAAAAGUGAAUCGAUAAAAACGUGUAAAAAGUUUUGUAUGCAUCUAAAUAAUAUUUGGCGGAGGGUUUUGUCAAUUGGUCAACACCAUGGUUAAACGCAUCGAAAGACAUUUUGCAAGACACAACGACAAGCAGUAUUUUCUUGGGAUUACAUUUUAGUUUGUGUAAGACUGUCUGAUUUUUAAAGUUGCAUUUUUACAAGAGCAUUUACUUUUUUUUAUACAUACAUUGUCCGGAUUAUGUGUUUAAACUGUUCAAUUCACUGCCCACUGUACACUGCCAAGUUUUUUCAUGUGCUUUAGCAAACUGUUAUUACGUAACAUUCAAUUUGACGACAGAGAAAAUUAUUUAAUAAUUUUGUCGACGUAUAAGUCUGGAAAGACUGGGGUCACGCUCACUCUUGUACUUAAUUAACACUCUUGUGUAUUUCAGCUACUUUACCAUGUCCCCAGAUUUCUUUUUUUAUGAUCAACAACCUAUGUAUCUUUCUAUUAUACAUAUAUACAUAUUAUAUAUUUAUUUAUAUACCGACAAACAAAUUAUAUAUACGAAAGGUCGUACGUCAAUCUGUUCUAUGUGAUUUAGCGCAUUUUUCCCAUAUAUGUUAUAUGAAAAAUUGUGUGCAUAUUUAUGUUUACUUUGUAUACUACGUGCUUACAAUUUUCCAGAAACAUUAUAUUUUUUAUUCAGUUUCCUGUCCACGUAGAACAAAGGAAAAUGUAACGUUACAUUUUCACAAACUAAAUAAUGAUAGCUUAAUUUUACACACACCACACCGUUCCAAAAUGCAAAAUGUUAGUUGUGAAUAUGGAACGAAUGGCAACAGAAUGAACAAGUGACUUCAUUUAAGCAUCCAUGAGAUCUGACUAUUUUAUAUCUUUAUUCUGUUGUCAUUUUUUAUUUUCUGAAAUGUUCUAGACACUUAUUUAAUAUGCGUUUACUAUCUUGUACAUUGAAUUAAAACGUGCGUACUGUAAGUGACAGAAGA